AUGCCUGCCGCCCACACGGCCAAACCCAGCUCAUCUGCUAUUAUUACCACGAUCGCUUCCAAGCUCGGAAACCACCCGCGCACAACCCGUUCAGCAACCAUCAUCUCAAGACAUUUUGCCGUCGCACUCAGCCGACUCCAGUUCUUCGAGUGGCACGGCACGAAACCACACGGCACGAUCCCGCACGAUACAGCACGGCCGCGGCAAGACACCAUGGCUCCCGCGAGGCAGAAGAAACAGAGUCCCAUUCAGUUGACCGCUUCGCCAUCGAAAUGGCACGGCGCGACCGGAAGCAGCAAGGUUCCUCUUCACAGCCCAUCAACACCGCCGAAGAGCGCGUUGAAGAGGCAAAGGAUGGGGGUCAGCAUUCAGCAGAAACAAGCUUUGAUUGAUAACCUGCAAUUGGAAGUUACGGAACGCGCCCGGAGGCUGCGAGCGCAGUAUGGUCUUCAGGCGCAAGGGCUGCGGUCGCGGAUAGAAAUUCGAAUCAACCGAAUCCCAACGUCACUGCGCAGAGCGAAGAUGGGCGACCUGCUCGCCAAGUACCUGGAUCAGGAGCAAAAACGAUUGGCUUCGUCACGACCACCUGCAGUACCGGCCAAGGACGCGCCGCAAAAGAGCCCCCAAAAGAACCUGCAAAGGAGCCCCCCCGGCGUCGCCCGUCCGCUCACGGCAAGCCACUAUACGGGCAUGAGGCAAGUUUUCGGAGAGGCACGCCCUAACGCCAACACGGUGCUAAUAUCCUAG